UGCCCAGAGAGCCAGUCAGGCCCUGGCACCCAGCAGCAGCAGCAGCAGCAGCCACCUCUCCUGGCCCCCAUUGAGCAGUUACUGGGCCCCUCCCCCGCACCAACACCCAGCCUCCAAGUGCGUACCUCUUUUACUCCUAGUUGGGGAAUAUAUACAUCAGUCGGUGGUAGAGAGACACCCGGCCGACGGUGCGGGUUGUGCUGUUUGUGAGUGAGAGAGAGAGACAUCAGUUGGGAGCUGAAAAUCGCUUAGUCGAAGCCAAGUGUACCUCCUCCACAUCUCCAAGUUCCCCAGCAUCUGUCUGAACGUAUACAGAUCAGAAAUAUAACAAUAAGAUUGUGGCCCGAAGCCCAGCUUGCCCGGGGAUAAAUAUCCAGUGUAUCUCAGUAGCGCCCACCAGGAGGACCCAGCACGAUGCGCCUCACCCCCGCCACUCUCUACACCUGUACUCUCACCCUUAUCCUGGUGGUAGAUGUGGCGCUCGCGCAGAAGAACCCAUCGAGGCCGCUGGAGGACAACGAUGUACUGAGCGAGCGGAUCCCCAACGGCGGAGGAAAGAGGUACGGCAGCUCGGCCAGGAACGAUGUCAGGAGGUACGGUGUAGCGCCCACAGAGCUCCAGGUGCAUGACGGACACCGCAUGAUCACCCGAGCCCUCUGGAGGAUCUUCGAUGCCCUCAUGCAGAAGAAGGACCACUCGCAGCUCUACGGCAGGAUGGGUUUCGUCGAGGAGGCCUUGAAGAAGAUGAUCUCCGUCGACUCUCAGCUCGAGGACGAGAUCGAUAAACUGAAAGUAAGAUUCUUUCUUCAGUGGGCGGCAGCAGCGUACUCGUCUUGCCCACAGCCCUUCGUCAAGGUGGAUGGCGAGUGCUUCUACCUUGCUGCUCAUGAUUUGCUAGGUUGGGAGGACGCCCGCAGGGACUGCGGCAAGCUAGGAGGCGACCUAGCCUCCCCCCACAGCCUGCCCGCCCUCAGAGUGUACCUCGCAUCUAUCCCAGAACCUCCUGAGUACCUGUGGGUGGGCGCCUCCCAGCGCGACGAUGGUUCCUGGGUCUGGUCUUCAGGUCCUCAGGCUGGAGUGCCGGUGGACAUGAGCAAGGACACGUGGAACGAGGAAGUGCCAAGCGGCUCAGGCAAAUGCAUGGGACUCUUCGCUCAGAGUUCCUUCCGUGCCUACAACUACGACUGCCAGGAGAAGGACUUGUUCGUCUGCCAGUACUACUUCUAGCCGCCAGGGUCCUCCUCCUCCUCCUGGUGUGUCGCCAUCCCUUCACACACACACACACACAUUACACCUGAGUACACAUAAUAGCAUAGAAAUGUGGUUAGAGUAGCGGGGUGUUCUCAACGUGGGUAGUCGAAGUUCCAGACGGCGACUAACUGCCAUGGCCGCUUCCCGUACUUCCAGACUCGCUCUCUGCAUCUCCAAAAUAGAGAAGGUAAACCAGUGACUGUAAUAUGUCCUUCGCUGUAGAAGAACCUUAGUGAAUGCAGAGCGUGAAGCCGAGGUGAGUGUGGAAGAUAUAAGAGCUAAGCUCCCGAUAUCGUUGUUCACGGGAGACAUUUCCCGUCAUCUUCAUCAAUCAAUCGAUAUCGUUGUUGAGAGCCAGUAGUCUUCGCCUGCCCACGAGUACCCAUACUCCACCUAGUGAAUGUGGCUCUUAUUAUUUGGACCAUAAUAUUUAUUGUUCACUUUAAGUCCUGUACAGUUAUGGUGUGUUAUCUCUUGUCGUGCAAGUGACGUCCAUCAAUUCCUGGUGUGGGAGGCAUCGGCAGGAUGGCUGCUCCUGACAUCAUUGAUAAUCCCUGAGGUCAUUAAUGAGUGUAUACUGUUGAUGGUAGUGGAGCGGCUCGGUUAUGUGUGAGGUUUCUAUUAGACGUGAUCCUCCAGACUAGUAAACAUUGGACUUGAUCCUCCAGGCUAGUAAACAUUGGACGUACGUGAUCCUCCAGGCUAGUAAACAUUGGACCUGAUCCACCAGGCUAGUAAACAUUGGACCUGAUCCUCCAAGCUAGUAAUCACGACGGGAUCCUUCAGACUAGUAAACAUUGGACGUGAUCUUCCAAGCUAGUAAACAUUGGACGUGAUCCUCCAGACUAGUAAACAUUGGACGUGAUCCUCCAAGCUAGUAAUCACGACGGGAUCCUUCAGACUAGUAAACAUUGGACGUGAUCCUCCAGACUAGUAAACAUUGGACGUGAUCCUCCAAGCUAGUAAACAUUGGACGUGAUCCUCCAGACUAGUAAACACUGGUCAUGAUCCUCAAAGCUAGCAAACGUACCCAGCUUAAAACAUUAUCAUUAUGUACGAAUCUUCCACAUAAAUAUAUAUCACAUGAAAGUAAAUGUGUGUAUAUCCGUUUUCUUCCAGGUGAAAAUAUUGGGGCAUCAUUUAAUUAAACAAAUCAAAAAGUAUCCUUGAUUCCCGUGUGUACCUGUUUCUGUAUCCUAACUCCAGCAUUCUGUAUUUUGUACUGGCUACAUGUCUCUCCUCUCGAAUUGUGCUCUUGUUUAAAUUGGUGUUCAAUUGUGCGAAGUGUACUCAAUAUUUUAAUGACUCACAAUGUACCUUAUACCUCACCAGCGGGUUGUACCAGGCUGCUCCUCCUCCUGCUGCUUCCUUAUACACCCACCUUGCUGAAGCUUACACCCCCUUCCUGAAGCUUACACCCACCUUCCAGAAGCUUACAACCCCCUUCCUGAAGCUUACACCCCCCUUCCUGAAGCUUACACCCACCUUCCUGAAGCUUACACCCACCUUCCUGAAGCUUACACCCACCUUCCUGAAGCUUACACCCCACCUUCCUGAAGCUUACACCCACCUUCCUGAAACUUACACCCACCUUCCUGAAGCUUACACCCCACCUUCCUGAAGCUUACACCCACCUUCCUGAAGCUUACACCCCCCGCCGUCCGCCAAGUGUGGCCAUGUCUGUGGCCAAGUCAUCGGCAGAAGGCCCCUGCUAAGUUUCGUUUCAAUGACUUGGUUGUUCAUCAUUGGACAGUAGAGCUGCUGGUUUAUACUGGCGUAAUGGUGUUGCGUCACUGAGGCUGUGAUGCUCACACGCUUCGCCAACACUGAAGGACUCGUGUCGUAGCUGGCAGACUGUGUUCAUCUGUCAUGCCUCACUUGUUCACCUGCCAUGCCCCACCUGUUCAUCUGCCAUGUCCCACCUGUUCAUCUGCCAUGCCGCCAUGCCCCACCUGUUCACCUGCCAUGCCCCGCGUGUUCAUCUGCCAUGUCCCACCUGUUCACCUGCCCCAUCCUGACCUUGUACACCUGGUAACACCUCCACUUGUCUCCAGUUUACACUCCAUAACUCCCUUGAGGUGGUUGGUGUAUACGAAGACGUGCUUGAGGUAGCCCGCUGGUAUCCACGUCACAAGUAAGGAGCUCUAUGUGUAUGUAGCCUGUAUUCUCAAGUCUCUCAAAUGACCUCGAUCUUGAACGAAACUUAAAAGUAUUGGGUUUCUAUUCAAAUUCGAACGUUUGUGAAACUUUUUUGGACUUAGAUUAAUAAGGUUUCUAUUUCAUCUUUUUGUAUGUGGUGUGUUAGAGGUAUUUUUUUAACAAGUGAUUAAUUAAUAUACUCGUUCUACACAACUCCGUCGCGGAGAGAGAGAGAGAGAUCAACAGUUCCUGGAUUUGGAUCAACUGAAAAAUAUAUACAAAUAUAUAUAAUUUAUAUGUGAUAGGUCUGUAUUAACUUUUAAAAUAAAUGUAUCGUCAGUGGCUUUUUUCGUGAAAAUAACUAUAUUUAAUUUUGUAGGUAAUGACAAAAAAUUGUAGAUGUUAAUAAUAAUAUAUUUUAUCAAAUUUGGAAACAUU